UUUCUCAAAUAGAUGCAUUAUGUGGUUUUGGAAAAAUGCAAUAGCAUUAGCUGCUAUCAGUUACUCCCAUAGACGGUUUAAUGCAAGUAAUCCAGCACUAAUUACUCGGUGAAGAUACUCUGAACAGCUGCUUUAUGUAGAACAUGACUUUGUCCUCCAGGUCAGAUCUGUAUGUCUUAUAUGCCAACCGACUUCAAGGGUGAGCCAAAUCAAAAACCACUAUUUUAUGUUUUUCAUUCAACCUGCCAUGCUAAAUAAAUCACCCACAGAGAGUGACAAAAAAAGGAGUCUGGCUCAAAAUGCCUGGAUGCCACUGACUGUCCAAAAGGAUAUUUAUAGGCUCGGAGAUCCCAGAGCCACAAUAAAAGGAGAAAGAGAGAGAGAGAAAAAGAUUAGAAGACCGACUGUGAAAUAUGGGAUCUCUCUAGAAAUGUCCCAUUAGAGGGCUUGAAUUACAGUCUUCUCUAGCGAACCAUUCUUGCGUAGCCUCAUCAUUUUGCCUAAUAAUUUCACACAGAGAGUCUUUAAACUGCAAACAACUCCACAGGCCGUUCAGGCAGGACCAGGCCUAGGGUUAGGAGACGGAACAAACUUGCAACCAGAUCUGAACCAGCCGUCUAGGCCCAACAAGAAUGUGAGUCUCGCUCAUUGGAAGUUAAAGAUAGAGGUGACACAUGCUGGAUCCUGACUGGCUCUUAUUUCAGUCGGCUGCCAAGAACUCUAUGGGCCACUUUUGUUGAUUCGACCAGACGAAAAGCUUUAUUAAAAGUUGUGGACUUGUUGUGGUCGCUCAUAAAUAAGCUAGAAGAGGAUCAUGGUGCUUUCCGAAGGAAAGAUCGAAAAGUCAGGCAGCUACAGCAGUGCCAUGGCAGACAGAAGACAACUGUUUGCUGAAAUGCGUGCACUCGAUCUGGACUCUAUCAGAUUGGCCACAUACAGGACAGCAUGCAAGCUGAGAUUCAUUCAGAAGAAGUGCAAUUUGCAUUUGGUGGAUAUCUGGAAUAUUAUCGAGGUUUUCCGGGAAAACAGACUCUGCGCCAUGGACCUCAGCACAGAGUUCUCAGUGUCACAUUUGCAAGCAAUACUGUCCAGCAUCUUUUCCCAGCUAAACAAGCGCUUGCCCACAACCCACCAGAUCAAUGUUGACCAGUCCAUCUCAUACCUCCUCAACUUCCUGUUAGCGGCCUACGACCUGGAAGGAGUGGGAAAGAUCUCCGUUUUUGUGGUGAAGAUGGCCCUGGCUGCUCUCUGUGGAGGGAAGAUUUUGGAUAAACUUAGAUAUGUAUUUUCACAGAUAUCAGACCCAAACGGAGUGAUGAUCUACUCACAGUUUGACCAGUUCCUAAGAGAGGUACUCAAACUGCCCAUGACGGUUUUUGAGGGACCAUCUUUUGGUUAUACUGAGCAGUCCACAAGAACCUGUUUUCCACAAGAGAAAAAGGUCUCGCUCAAUGUGUUUCUUGACACGUUCAUGUCAGAUCCUCCUCCUCAGUGUCUGGUUUGGUUACUGCUGAUGCAUCGGUUGGCAAAUGUUGAGAACGUCUUCCAUCCUGUGGAGUGCUCCUACUGCCACAGCCAGAGCAUGAUGGGAUUCCGCUACCGGUGCCAACAAUGUGAUAAUUACCAACUCUGCCAAGAGUGUUUCUGGAGGGGCCAUGCCUCGGGAAGCCAUAGCAACCAGCACCAGAUGAAGGAGUACAUGUCAUGGAAAUCUCCAGCUAAGAAGUUGUCCGAUGCUCUCAGUAAAUCUCUGAGUUGUGCCUCCGGUCGAGAGCCUCCUUACCCGACGUUCUCCGAAACAUCCGAGAAACCACUCAACCUCACUCAUGUAGUGGACACAUGGCCUCCCCGACCUGCGACCAGUGGAAGUGAAUUCAUACUCUCUCACACCAUGCCUUCCUCAGGAAACCCUUACUCCAGCAAAACAGGUGCUCACGAUGAGACGAAGCAAAUAUUUUCCCGGACGACCCCAGAUCUUUUAAAAGGGAAAGGGGUUCAGUACAGCCUCGAUAUUGCGGAUAGGCUCGCUGAUGAGCACAUGCUUAUCGGACUUUAUGUGAAUCUCCUCCGAAAGGACCGUUCAUGUUUCCAGGAGAGCUGUAAAACCCAAGAUGAUGAGCACUUCCUCAUUGCCCGUUACGCCUCCCGAUUGGCUGCUGAUGGAGCUGCAGCGAAGACCAGAGUCCCAGCGGACAUCUCUCUCUGUCUGGACUCCAACAAACAGCAGCGACAACUUAUCGCCGAGCUAGAGAACAAGAACAAGGAGAUUUUGCAAGAGAUCCAACGCCUGAGACUACAACAUGAAGAAGCUUCCCAGCCUCCGUUAGACAAAAGCCAACAAAACCCAACGCUACUGGCUGAACUGAGACUGCUCAGGCAGAGGAAAGAGGAGUUGGAGCAGAGGAUGUCGUCCCUUCAGGACAGCCGUAGAGAACUCAUGGUCCAACUAGAGCAGCUCAUGCUUCUGUUAAAGGAAGAAGAGCUAAAAAGAGCCAACCAGGGCCCUGGCCCCUCCCCUCGCUCCUCCCCCAGCCACACCAUCAACACAUCCAUCCAAUCAGUGUCUGGCAAUACCACACCCAUCCCCAUGCCCGUCCAAUCAACAUCCAGCAAUACCACCCCCAGUCAGACACCUCAGGACUCGCUCAUGGGCCUGGGAGGAGAGGUGCAGCAGGCCUUCACUCAGGGCUCCAGAAGGAACUUCAGAAAUGAUCUCCUGGUAGCUGCCGACUCCAUAACCAACACAAUGUCUUCAUUGGUGAAAGAACUGAACUCAGAGGCGGGGAGUGAAACAGACCUCACGUUCCCAUCAUCAGACGUUCUCCACGCCAGGGGCUCUCCAAGAUCAGGGGCAGCAGGUAAGCUGGAGUCUGGGGAUUUCUAUGGACACGAUCUGGAAAAACAGCUGAACAGAGAGCUGAAGCUGGAGCAGGACAAGAACGUCCUGGUGACUUUACAAGAAUAGCUGCGUUGUAAUAAGCAAUGGGAGGAAGAUUGAGCGACUCUGAAGCACUGUGCAACCAGGCCUUGAGCUGGAACAUGGCACACUUCUGAAAACACAACCCAAUCUAUAAAUAUAGAAAUAUAUUUUUAGAAUCUACAAGACGUUUUAAAACAAAACUGUGAACUGACUUUGGAAACGACAAAUAAUGGAGCUGUCUACAACACCGCCAGUGCCAUAAAUCCAGUGAUUAUGAGAUGUGUUCGGUUUGGUUGAUUUCUGUGUGUAUCUGUUCAGACUCGUACUGUAUUUAAAUAUCUGUUGGGUAAUGAGGGGGUGAUCUUUAAUGAAGCUGCUAUCUUUACAAACGACACUUUUAUUGUACAUCAAGAGCAUAACAGCCUGACCUGAUGCUCUUUUAAAGCAUAUAUAGAGAAGGAUUAUGUUGUAGUUUCAGUUUUUCUUUGAGAGUGGAAGGAUUUGAGAUUUUCUCAUAGUGUUUGAUACACAAAUACACUGCCUUAGCUUAUCAGACUCUGUUUAUUUUAAUAGAUGGAUAGGUAUGUGUACUUUGUUGCAAUUUGAUAAUAUUUUAAGACAUACAUCUUAAUUAAUAAGAAGAGUCCAGAAACAGGUGAAUCUCAUAUGUCGCCAGUACUUUUUUUUCACUGUUAUUUGAACCUCUUUUUUAGGUUUAUUUAAAUUUCCCCCAAAAUAAAAAUGCAUUUGCAUGAAGAAAAUAAAUCCUGUUUUUCUCACAUUGACAAUUAAAUCAAAUUAAAUUAAAUCAGCCUAAACUGAUUAAAUAAACAAAAGCAGUUUUUAAACGGAAUCUAGAAACGCAAUCUCAUUCCAAAAUAAUUAUGUUGCUCUGAUGUAUUUAAUCUAUUUUUGAAUAAACUCUCCAGUGUUUUAAGAAACAAUAAAAAACAUUUUUUAGACAAAUAUAUGAGACCGCAUCAGACACUACUGAAUGUGCAGUUAUGUUGAUAAAGGAGCGAAAAGAUGCAUAUUUUGGUGUAAGAUAUGUUGAUCUCUAACAGAACUUUACUGCUUGAUUUGAUUUCUCAGUGAAUAUGAUUCCUUGUAAAGACCGUCUGUAGUAGACGGGUUAAGGAAGACUGGGUUGGCUUUGACCAUCUCCAGACUCUUUCAUCAAUGUGUUUUCUUCGAUAUGCUACUGUCACACUGCAGCGCUCACAUUCUUCUCAUGAUUUACUCAGACAGACAGAACACCAGAACAACAACAACAACAACAACAACAAACAGCAUCUGCACCCUGCUGUCAACCAUUGCACUUUUCAGUGAUUUUGCAUGGAACUAAAGAAAAAUAAAACUAUGUUGUACAAGUAUCA